UAUGCCGGCCGGACUCGGUGCUGUCAAGUCCAAUAAUUUGUAGGCCAGUUGAAAGUCGCGGUUUUGUUUUUGUUUCUACUAAAAUGGCUUCUCCAAGCGUUUGUGAGUUAUCUGCAGAUCUUAAAGCAGCUCUAAAAAAGUUCCGCUUCCGUAAAGGAGAAACAUUUGCUGCAUUGGUAAUGAAAAUUGAUCCUGAAAAGUUGUUAGUUGUUGAAGAUGAAAUAUAUGAGGAUAUAUCAUUUGAAGAUUUCGUUUCAGAACUUCCAGAUCAUUCACCACGUUAUGUAGUAAUUAGUUUUCGUAAAGCUCAUCAAAAUGGUAGAGUUUCAUAUCCGUUAUGCUUUAUUUUUGUAAGUCCUCAAGGAGCAAAGACUGAACUCCAAAUAAUGUAUGCUGGAUCAAAAACUGGCGUUGUAAAUGAGCUAGGUUUAACUAAAGUUUUUGAGGUAAGAGAUGUUGAAGAACUAACUGAAGAAUGGAUAAAUUCGAAGCUUGAUCUUAUAUCAAACCACUAAUUAUCUGUUUAUUUAUGCGAGAAUGUGUGUGUGUGUGUGUGUGUGUGUGUGUGUGUGUGUGUGUGUGUGUGUGUGUGUGUGUGUGUGUGUGUGUGUGUGUGUGUGUGUGUGUGUAU